CGAGGCUCCGGAGGCCCGGGUAGGCCACGGCGCUGCCCAGGUCACACGGCCUGCGGAGGGCACACCCUGCCAGCCAAGCUCUGCUGCCCACCAGCCUCUCACACUGGCUGCUUCCCAGGGCGUGGGGCUAGUGCCACGUCCCCUGAAGAAGCCCCAGCAGGGAAUCUGCCCUUCUAGGCCAGGUUAGGACGAGCUGCCUCUGUCCUGUUUCAAGAGAUCCCAACUGAUGGCGUCUGCUUCAGCCUCGGGGGCACCAGCAGGGUCAGCCCGUGAGGGCUAGGGCUGUGGUUGGACCCAGGCAAGGAGUCCAGGCAUGUCAGACAGCCACAUGAUGCCCUGGCCCUUGGGGGCAGGUGGGGCACAGGCCUUAUCCUGACUCCUGUGCCAGCCUCUACCUGCGUGCUUCUCCUGUCUCCGACUCGCAGGUGGUGGCCGUGUCAUCAACACCAACUGCUCGGCCGUGCGCACCCGCCAGGCCCUCUGCUGCAAGAUGUCCGUGGAGUACGACAAGUUCAUCGAGUCUGGGCGCAAGUGGUUUUGCCACGUGGACGAUGACAAUUAUGUGAACCCCAGGAGCCUCCUGCACCUGCUCUCCAGCUUCUCACCCAGCCAGGACGUCUAUCUGGGGCGGCCCAGCCUGGACCACCCCAUCGAGGCCACCGAGAGGGUCCAGGGUGGCAGAACUGUGACCACGGUCAAGUUCUGGUUUGCUACUGGUGGGGCCGGGUUCUGCCUCAGCAGAGGCCUCGCCCUCAAGAUGAGCCCGUGGGCCAGCCUGGGCAGCUUCAUGAGCACGGCUGAGCAGGUGCGGCUGCCGGAUGACUGCACGGUGGGCUACAUCGUGGAGGGGCUUCUGGGCGCCCGCCUGCUGCACAGCCCCCUCUUCCACUCCCACUUGGAGAACCUGCAGAGGCUACCGCCAGACACCUUGCUCCAGCAGGUUACCUUGAGCUAUGGGGGUCCUGAGAACCCACAUAACGUGGUGAACGUGGCUGGAGGCUUCAGCGUGCAGCAGGACCCCACACGGUUUAAGUCUGUCCACUGCCUUCUCUACCCAGACACGGACUGGUGUCCCAGGCAGAAGCAGGGUGCCCCGAUCUCUCGGUGACACCAACCAUCCCUGACCCAGGGCUGCCUCGCUCUGUCCCAGGUGCAGGGAGCUGGAGCCCCCCAUGGCCUCAGUGGACUCCCUCAGGUGCCAUGGCCAUACCAGUGAGAUGCAAGCACCUGGCACACCCUCUGGCGCUAUAGCCUGCAGCCCCCGUCUCCCAGCCCCUGGUGGACUGCAGUGAUGGGUGUUUUAGGAGAACAAAGACAGCCAGGCUGAGGGCCGGGGCCGCAGUGCCCCUCCCACUGACCCAGCCUCAGGGUUGAUCCCACGGCAACAGGCGUCCAUCCCAGCACCUGGGCACCUGGGAGGGAGCUGCCAUCCAGGCUCCAUUACCUGUUGCUGAAGGCGGGUGCCAGGCUGGCUAGGUGCCAAGGAGCAGGCUCCAGAUCAAGGUCCUGGCCCAGCCACAGCCAUUGCAAGGGCUUAGCCUGGCAGGCUUUGUGGGGGAUGCUGCCCUCUCUGCUGCAGGCUGGGUGCACAGCCGGGCACCGCAGUGGGACUCAGGCCCGGGAAGGUCACGCUGUCAGCCAGAGCUUUGCUCCCAGCCCAGGUGCCUCGUUCGGAGCCUCUUCCCUGGGACCACAGAGGUGUUUGCUCUGCUCUGACUUGUGGCUCAGGCUCCUUCCUGGGUCAUGCUCCUGCCCCACUGUGCCUGGGCCCAUCCACAGGAGGAGCCUUUUGUUUGGGGCCCCCUGGGGUGAGACUGCCCCUGACGCGCCCAUCCCAGCAGACCCACCUCCCCGCCUGCUGCCUUCCCUGGAGGGAAACGGGCCAGGGGCCGUCACCUCCCCUCCGCCUCCUGCUUUGCUGUUGCCGAGCACGAGUAAAGGCUUUGUUCUUACU